AUGCAUCCACACUGGGAUCACACCUGCCGCGGCCAGCCUUUCAAGAUGGGUUCAGCAGCCACUGUGGAGUUCCAGGUCAUGGAAGGCAACGUCAUCGGUCGCCCCACGUUUUGUGGCGCCGCACAGGUUUCGGUAGAAGCGUUGCUAGGUGACCCUACGGCGUCCGAGUCGCUAUGUGCAUCGACGUGUGGGGGCGUGUUGACGGGUCCGGUGAUGGACCUCGAGCUGUGCCUCUCCAAUGAGGUGACAGGCCGGGUCUUCGUCCAGGCCCUGCUAGUGAGCAGACAGCCUGGCGAAGCACAGGCCGGGCUCCGUCCCCUGACGCGAGUGGAUCCGAGCCGCUUCGAUGCCAAAGUCGAGCGACUUGGAGUCUCCGGCGGCAGCGCAGCCUUUUUCAAGCUUUGCCUGGCAGAGCCUACAGCGGCACGGCCGGUCGACUAUUUCAUUGGCAAAGACCUGAGCCACGCAGAGGACGAAGUCAACUUCUACGAAGAGGCACUCAGUCUUCGACUUGGCAGCAGCUUGGGACCACUUCUUGGUUACACCCUGGAAUACGCUGGAGUUCUCAGCUGCUCGGAGGAGGCGCCCUCCGAAGAUGAGAAGCACAGUGAGCUCCUGGUUAUGCGAAACUUGCGGUGUGGAUGCUCCAAGUUGCGCCUUUUGGAUAUCAAGAUCGGCCAAAAAACCGCACAGGCCGGCUGGCAAGGGAAGUCCCGGGCGGCUGCCUUGCGCCAGAGCCUUGUGGAUGGCAUCACCAACUCCAGCUGUGAGGGCUUUCGAUUGGAGGGCUUCGAUGGACGACCGCCUGCGUUGGAAUCCAUGGACCCGCUGCUCGACAUUGGCAUGACUGGCAAUGCCAAAAUGGCGAAGAAGGCUCUUCGCGUGAUGUUGCAGCGAAUGACGGCGGCAGAAAUGUUGGUGCAUUUCUGGGAUGUGCACCAGGAGCCGGUUGAUGUGGACAAUGCCGGAUUGGAGGGCACGCUCUGCGCGACAGAGGUUGCGGAGCUGGUGGCCCAUGAGGUGGUUCGCCAGCUCGCUGGACUCUGUGUUGCGUGUCGUCGCUCGCCUGUGCCACAAAAGUGGAUUGGCAGCUCAGUCGGCCUCGGCUUCGACUGCGGCCGCUUGCCAUCUCGGGCAACAGGGGAAGAGGAAGUCCGAAGAGCCACAAAGGUCCACACUUUUGACUGGGGACGGUCUGAGCUCAACACCAUGGACAAGCACAUGCUGCUGAGCGAAAAGGACCAGCAUGACAGAGGCGAGUUCUGGAGAUACUACAUGGGUGGCGUCGAUCGACUUGCUUGGGAAGCAGCAAGAGCCUACAAGCACAGAUUCGGCUGCACGACAAGGUGGUCGAUCAUCACUUUCAAGCUCUGCGACUUCGACUCCAUGUCUGAAAACGACUUUAUUGGCAGGCUGACAGUGCCCGUGGAGGAGACGCCAGAGACAACAGCAGACUUGAGCACAAAGGAUGGGAACCAUGUGGUCGGAGACUAUGGCUUUCGUGGCUCCGCGACUUUGACCUACUCAAUCACCUGGAGGCCAUACCCUGGGACGUCUCGGCUGGUUGGCUCGUGGAGAGUGCACCUCAAGCGAGCACAGCAUCUCCCAAGGCAGGACAAAAUGCAGCUGAGGACGACCUCGGACCCAAUGUGUGAAAUAACCGCCUGCGCCGAGGCCGGAGGGCUGUUGUGCCAUCGCCAAGUCAGCAGUGUCAAGGUUCGGAACUUGGAUCCAGAGUGGGAAGAGUUUUUUGACUUGCCCAUUGCCGCUGAGCCUGACAACCUGGAGGCUGCAUUAGAAGGUGCAGCUGUCGGCUUGGCCUCGGGAUCGGUUGCGGACAUUUUCCCGCCGGAAAAGAUGCCGCUUUGGCAGAAGGAGGGGCUUGUGCCCCGUCUUUCUGGCUCCAAGACGCCAUCGAGGUGGUCGUCCUGGACGGAAGCCAAUUCAGACACCGAAGCGCUGGAGAAAGGACUUGAUAGCUGGAGGUCACGCUUGGACGUUGCCAGUGCGACCGUGGAUGCAUACGGCUUAGAAUGA